AUGUGGAUACACCGCAACAAAUUGUUAUUUCGCGAACUUAAUGAUUGGAAGAACAUCAAAACUGUUCAAACAACUACUUCAGUGGAUGUGCAGACUGAAAUGAAUGUAAUUAAGUGGAAAAAACCAUCUCCGGGGAGAAUCAAAUACAAUAUUGAUGCUGCAUUCCCAUCUAAUAACAACCGCAUUGGUCUUGGUAUUUGUAUUCGGGAUGAGACCGGUGCUUUUAUUCGUGCUAAAACUGAAUGGGUUGAACCAAAAUGUGAAGUUCAUGUUGGAGAAGCUCUUGGUUUUCUCUCUGCUUUACGGUGGGUGCAUGAACUCAAUUUGGGUCCGGUUGAUUUUGAACUAGACUCCAAAUUGGUGGUUGAUAGUUUUCGUCAUCACAGGAAAGACUUUACGGAGUUCGGUGCUAUUAUUCAACAUUGUAAAGUUCUUUUUUCCUCUUUUUAUGUAAACUCUAGUGUUGAGUUUGUAAGGAGACAAUCAAAUGAGGUUGCUCACGCCCUUGCUACGGCGGCCCCAUCUUUAGCUAGUGUCCAAAUUUUGGUUGAUAUACCAAAUUGUAUUGAACACAUUUUAAUCAAUGAUAUGCUAUAA